UUUUUAAGCAGAAAUAAAAGUCAAAAUCUGAUUGGUAAUUGGGUUUCGUCAGUUAAGCAAUACAAAAUGCGUGGGUCAGUUGAGGCUGUGUUCUGAAGUUACCUGUGAGAAAGAAGCGUCUAUCACACAUCAUUAAACUAUGAUUCUUUUGUUAUUAAAAAUUAUUCAUAUUCCAUCAUUUAUUACUUUUAAUUUGGUGGCGUUACAGGCGCAAAGUAUAUUCAAAGAACAUGGCGGAGUACUUGGCGUCAAUUUUCGGCACUGAAAAAGAUAAAGUAAAUUGUUCGUUUUAUUUUAAAAUUGGAGCUUGUCGGCAUGGAGAACAAUGCUCCAGACUUCAUAAUAAACCGUCAUUUGGUCAGACUAUACUUCUUCAAAACCUCUACAUUGCCCCUCAAAACACAGCUCAGAGUGCAGAUGGUUCUCACAUUAAUCUUACUGAAGUUCAAGCUCAACAGAUUUUUGACGAAUUUUUCGAGGAGGUGUUCGUUGAAUGUGAGGAGAAGUAUGGAGAAAUAGAAGAGAUGAAUGUCUGUGAUAACCUUGGUGACCACUUAGUUGGAAAUGUGUAUAUAAAAUUUAGACGAGAAGAAGAUGCUGAAAAAGCUGUUCAAGACUUGAAUGAACGUUGGUUUGGUGGCAGACCAGUUCAUGCAGAGCUUUCCCCUGUUACUGACUUUCGAGAAGCAUGCUGUCGUCAGUAUGAGUUAGGUUAUAAUAUUCCUUCAUCAAGCGACGUCAGUCAUUGAAACAUUGAGAACAGUGGAGCACUAGGCAGCUGUGGUACUCUUGUAGUUUCUAACUGUUCUCGAUUUGUGACAAAACCUACCUUGAGAUCAAUCACAUCCCCAUAAGUUCAACUUUUUCAUUUUACGCUUAAUUCGGUAGUAGAUACGACAUAGUUAUCACCUGAAGGAUCCUAAGUUGUGGUGGAUAUUUACCAGAUUAUAUUUGCUUUGUCACUCACAGUUCAAACCAUAUUGCAUCUCGAGAAUUAUUAUCCACCACAGUCUCACUUUCAUCUUUUAUUUGCUUUUCUGAAGUGUGAUGAUUCGAAGUAUUGCAUUUAUGUGCUAGUUCCCACCAUGAUAAGUCAGUUAAAAUGUCGUCAUGUGUGUUGAUAAGCUAACAGCUUUCAUGCUAACUGACAUUCGUUUGAGCUAACCGCUAACUGUCUCCAGAAUCUAGAUAGCACACUAACGAAAACUAUUCCUUGCGUUUCUGUGACAGUAACAAUAGUUUUCAAGUAUUGGUUUGCAGGGAUUUGAUUGACUGCUUACAGGAUUUCACCAGAAGGUCCUGGGUUCGAACGCCGGUGAGUGCGUCCUGCGAAGAGUACCAAACUGGGACGAAACAGCUGUCCGGUACUCCCUGCGGGUUUUCCAAUGGUUCUCUAACCGAUGUCAGCUCAUGAUGGAAUCCUGUAACCAAAUGUUAAUUUUACUUAGUUUAUUGUCUAAGGAAAUAAUCUUCAUCCGUUGUGUGCUGUCGGUGUUUCAUGACAGUCCAAACAUCAGUCGUUUAGACUGUGUUCAGAACUAUGAGUCACUAUUUCAAGGUUAAAUGUUUAAUCCAUUUGGUCCCAACCUCACUUGAUUGUGUUGUAUCCUCCUAUCCCUCUAGUUGUGUUCUAAUAUUCUAUCCGCGUAUUUUCUGCUUUACACAACUAAAGCGAAUUGACAUUUAUGGUAACGCGUGGUUUUAAUGCUGUGGUUAAUUUGUUUCUGCUGAUAUGCUGACCUAAUUACUUGUCAUCAUUCUCAUUUUGUAGGUCUUUAAAACAUACGUUUUAUUUAGAUUCAAUCCUGAUUCUACUCCACUCUUUGUCUUGUGGCUUUUGGAAUGAGCCUAUUGACGAUUUGCGAUUUCACCUUUUAUUUCUUCUAGGGAAUGCACCAGGGGUGGAUUUUGCAAUUUCAUGCAUUUGAAACCUAUUUCCAGAGAACUUUGUCGUAAGUUGUAUAACAGAAGCAAAAAGCGAUACGGACGAAGACGGCGAUCACGUUCUCGUUCAACGUCCAAGAGUAGGCGUCGACGCUCAAGAUCAGCUGGUCGGAGUUCAAGACGUUAGAAUACUGGAUACAUACCUUCUUCUUGUUUCUUGUAUAUGAAUUUCCUUCCAUAAAUGUCGUCCUAUGGCUGCAAAUAUUUGAACACAAUGUCAGCUAUGCAAAUGUGUAUGGUUUACUUAAUGAAAUUUUUUAUUGAAGUGCUUUUGUUUCUUAUAAUAUGUAUUACUUA